AUGGCAUGUGGGUCAGGGGAUCUUCAGGGCCUUCCCACAUCUCCAUUUUCUUCUGCCAGAUUAGACAAUCAGCUCUAUGUUGAAGGACCCUGGUUCCUGGCCUGCGGUCGCACCAAUGUAUCCUGCAAGAUGGUGAAGGGGAAGCUGGUGGAGGUAGGCAAGUGGCCGUGGCAGGUGAGCAUCCUGUUCCUGGGAGCGUACAUUUGCAGUGGCUCCCUCAUCCACCGCCAGUGGGUCCUCACAGCUGCGCACUGCUUCCAGAGAUCUAAGGACCCCAUACAGUACUCUGUGAUGGUGGGAGUCCAGCACCUUCCAGAAAACGGCACUCAGUUCCCGCUCACUCGCAUCGUGAUUAAUGAGGAUUACAACAAUCGCAUGUCCCAGGACAUUGCCCUACUGAAGCUCAGGGACCCUGUCUCCUGGUCCCCCCUUAUCCAGCCCGUCUGCCUCCCCAACAACAGAUUCAAGCCACCUAUCGGAAGCUCAUGCUGGGUGAUCGGGUGGGGAUUUACAGGAAAAAAAGGGUAACUCUGGCAGCUCCCUUGUCUGCCAAGUGAACAACACCUGGAUUCAGAUGGGUGUGGUGAGCUGGAGCUUUAGCUGUGGCCGGCGCCAUUACCCAGGCAUCUACACCAGCACCUCCUACUUUACCCACUGGAUCAGGACUCAGGUUGCUGACAUGAGGUUCCUCAGUAGGGCUAGCCCUGCUUUCUGGAGCCCAGUCUUCCUCACUGGCUACAUUCUGCUGGUCUCCUUGGGCUCCCUGUGGCUCCUCUAAGCGGUGUUGCCGGGAUAGCCCCUCCCAGAGGCUGCUUCCCUCCCCUCUACUCUUCUCUCAGGAGAAGUAGAGACCAGAGGUUGCACAGGAUGGCAGAGCAGAGUGACCUUGGGGAGGGUCCCAGAGCCAUUGCAUUUUCAGUUGUUCAAUGAAGAUUCUCUAGAACUU